UCUUUAAUGCUCCAAGAAUUUAUUCAACAUUAUUCUCCAUUUCAAUUUCAGAUGCACGUUUGAUUAAAUCGUUCCUACUAUUCUUUGAAGAUUUUGAGAACGCCGUUUUCGCAGCUGUUCACUUUCAGUCUUUGAGACUGUUGGAGAUCGCCCUAGAAGUAAAUUCUAACUGGAAUGGUCCAACCUCUCAUUCUCGCGACACGCCGCUGCAUAAAGCAGUAUCAAUGUCAUCUUUGGAUAUAUCAAGACAUAUUUUGAUGAGCUGUGGAGGUUGGGAAGCGAGGAACUCCUUGGGAGAAACACCGUUGUUCUUCGCGGUUAAGAACAACCAAAUUGAACAGGCGAUUUUGCUAAUACAAUAUGGAGCAAACGUCAGAGCGAGAGAUAAUAAUUCUAAUACUCUUCUUCAUGUUCUAUGCUCUCAAGAAGAGGGAAUAAACAUCGAAUUCUUAGAAUUCCUGUUGGAUCUGGAAUGUAAUCCCAAUGCAUUAGAUCAAGAUGGACGAACUCCUUUGCAAUUGAUUGCUAAAAAUCAAAUUGUACCUUUUGCAUUGGACUCUGCGAAAAUAUUAAUUCGUAGAGGAGCAGAUGUCAAUCUGGGAAAUGAAGCCGGCGAAACCCCUCUGCACAUAUUAGCCCAAUAUUGUGAUCCAGACAAUUUCUUCGCUCUUUUCAAUUUAUUCUUGGAAAGUGGAGUUGAUACGAAGAGUAUCACUUAUAGCAAUGAAACUUUCCUAGAUAUCUUAUUAGCCGGUGUUUGUCUAAAUAGACAAAAAAAGGUUUUGAGGUAUCUGAUUCUGAAAGAUAGGGAUGGAAAAUUCCAAUUUGGGGCUAACUUAAUGUGUGCCAACUCGUUUUAUUUCGAAUAUGAGGAGAAAUGUAGAAGGGAGUUGUGCCGGUUGGAAUCGAAAAAAAUCGAUCCAUUUCAAACACAAGAAGAGAGUUCUCUUUUAAAGAUACUCAAAUCUAAUGAAAUCCAAAUAUCGAAGCUUUGUAAAAACCCAAAUCUAAGGGCAAUUAUGUCCGAAUUGGAUGAAAGUCAAUUUCCCAUUUACGGUUUUGACCUUAGAAAUAAUUUUGAGUCAGGGUUAAAACUAUUCCACGAAGAAGAGCAAGCUCUUGAAUUUUUGUAUGCAAUAUCAAACGGAGUCCUUGAUUAUGAUUCCAUGAUCGUCAUAAUGAAAUAUAUUCCACUGCAGGAACUAGGUAAACUAGGAAAAUUUCUAUCAUAA